AACAGUCGGGAUUCUCCUCCUGUGGUUUUGGACUGGAAUCGACUCGCUGAUUAUGGUGUGACGCACCCUACCCUGAUCAAGAGGAUGUUGCAGUAAUAUAUAGAAUUUGGGUUCAAUGGAUGUGCAGUGUAAUUUCUUUUGCUGGCGAAGUAUGGCAAUCACUAAACGAAGGUCACAAGGUAAUGCUGCCAACUGAACAAAGAAAACAAGUUCACCUGCUGAAUUACAACACACUUUCUUUAGCCAGUUGUACUAGGAAGUUAUAGAGUGAAGAAUUAAGAUCAAUGUAUUUAUUUCGAAGGAAGUCUAUCCCUAAAGUGAAAACUGUGGGACUAAGCACAGCCUAGUAGAAGUGAUUAUUUUCAUGUGCAGAAGUACAUAUGCUAUGUUUUUGUUUUUUUUUGUGCAAUAAUAAAGACUUUUCAACUUUGUCCAGUCUCAUUAUUUUACAAACACACAAGGAAGACUUAGUUAUUAAAUAAAAAAUCACUAUCCCUAUUUCCUGAAUGAAUCUGUAGUUAUUUGUGGAUCCAUGUUUCUGAAACUUGUCAAAAAUAGGCAAUUUUUUUUUUUUUACCAGAAAAUACCAUAAAUUCUUUAUUUCACCCUUCAGCUGGGUUAUGAACAAGCCGUGAUUCCACAGUCACUGUUGGAUGUCAUCUCUUGCAGAACCCCUGUUGACUGAGGUGAUACUUGAUCUUUGUGUAUUUGUAGGAUGUAUCGGUCAGUGUUCACUACUUUUCAGGUAGUGUGCUUGAGUGUUUGUUUUAUUGUUUGUGUGACUGUCUCCACACUCCUUUUUUUUAUGUUUGGGCUCUAAUAUGAUGUGAUGCAAGAAGUAAGACUGUAUGUAAGUAUUACAUUUUGGUAUUAAAAGCUAUUUAUAAUAAGUACAUGCCAGUUUUACCAAGACCCUCAUGUCAGUCAUAUGAGCAUCAGAGAGAUCUAUUUGCUGAGGUUUUGGAAUAACUUAAUUGAUUACCUAAUGUAAAAGAAGAUGAUAUCAUUCAAAUACAGAUAUUGUUAGUGUGCAAAAACUAACAAGGUACAAUUUUUUCAUGUACAGGAGAUUAAGAGCUUUGGAAAUUGAUCUGUUUUCAGGAUGUAAGGUUCUGGUGCAUGGGGUUAGUAUUUAAACACAUUUUAUAACAACAAUGUAACAUUUCUGAGACAAGUAAAAGCAAAUAAUAGCAACCUUUUUUUACGUAACAUAUGUUGAGUAAGACUUUUUCCCCAGUUUUCUAUCGUAUGAUGAUGAUACUAGUACAUAUGCUUUUUUUUGUGACCUCAGCUAGUAUUCUCAGACUAGCUUUCAACAAAGCGUGAACAAAACCAUAAUUUGAAAAGAACAAUUACAGGACAUGUUGCGUAUAAUUAUCUUAUGUAAAUCAAUCACUUUUCAGUGUCAGUACAGCAGAACUCUUCAUUGUGAAACAGUAGGACUUCAUUCAGUUUCAUGUUAGAGGAUUAUUCUGUACAUAUAGAAGAGAAUAAUCCUCUAACAUGAAUGCAGUAAAUUCUUCCAGUAUGAAUGUCAUAGAACUAUAAUUGUACAGUAAACGUAAGCACAAUAGAACUUUUUAAUUUUAAUAUAUUAGGAGUCUCGAAUGUGAAUACAAUAGAACUACCAUUUGUAAAUGUCAUAAAACUUAAUAUAAUUUCUAACAUGAACACAAUAGAACCCUCCAAGUUUAAUACAUUAAAUUCACUUGUGUGAACUAUAGUUUUGUAGGCUGUCUGUUGCUAUCUGUUCAGAAAUGUUAGGAAAUGAAAUAACAUAGCCUUCAGUGCUUAUUUAUAUGUGAUGAAUAUUUACUAAUGAAAGAAAAACCAGUUAAUUGGUUUCCUUGAGAAUAGAUCAAAUGUCCAUUGUACUGUCUUGGCUUGUAUCUUUAAGAUAUGUUUUUUUUUCAAAGCUACUUUGACAUGAAGAGUAAAGUAGUUCCAGAAGCUGUGGCCACAAAGGCUGCAGCUAUCCUUAAAGAGGCCUGGGAAGUAAAAGAAAAGUUGGAAAACCUUCAUUGUGAGAUGAAUGUCAGUGAUUCGGAAACUGAGCUAACUGAAGAGGAUGUUCUUCACUCCAUAGAAUUACGAAUGAAACUGGAUGAGUUUCAAAAGGAGCUGGAAAUUUUGGAAAACCCUCUAGUGAGGUGUUUGGUAAUGAAAAAAGACAUGCCAUAUUUAUCACCUGAGAAAAACCAGCGAAAGUCCUUAGAUCCAGUGACUCACAUUGUGGCAUCAUGCUUCUCUCUGAGCCUGAUAAAGGACCUUCCUUUAGAUCCAGAAGCUGAAGUGGAGUUCUAUCAUCAGUUGGGACCAGCUGUUGCUGCCAGUUGUGCAGGUGACACAAUACUUAUAUUGCCUGGUUGCUACCACUGUGAUGGGCUCAGUUGGUUAGACCACAACCUCAUUAUUAAAGGGGUUAAAUCGGAACAAGAAGUGGUUUUGGAGGAUGUGGGAAAUGGGGAUAUUUUUAUCAAUUGCAAUGCUGAGAAUUUGGUUCUAGAGAAUCUUACCAUUCAGCCAUCAGAGGGUAUUAUUUGUGCUGUUAUGGUGCAUUCUGGGAAGACCAACAUGAAAAAUUGUACAGUUAAAGGAAAAGCAGCUCAGUCUUGUCUUGUAGUUCUUAGCACUGCUCAGAUGUACCUGAAGACUUGUAAACUUAUUGAGGCAAAGAGUCAUGGAAUACAGCUCCGGGCUGGGGGAAAGCUGACCCUUGAUUCAUCAAGUAUAACACAUUGUAAUAGAAGUGGCCUUCAAAUAGAACUGCUUUCUAGUUGUUCCACUGAAAUAACCAUUUUAAACACCACUAUUGAGAAUAACAAAAAUUUUGCUAUCUGUCUUGAUGAUCAGGGAUACUAUCAAACUAAAGAUUCAGAGAAAGAAGUAGAUUUGGACUUUUUGUACAAAUGUUCCCUAUUGAAAGUAAAGAUCCAAGGAGUGUUUCUAUGUCACAAUGCUCUAGGAUCGUAUGGCCUCUGUCACCAAGACAUUCUCACUGAGUCUAGUCAUCAAAGAACAACUGGAUCUGUCACUCGUGCACUGCAUUUUACUUCGUUGAGUAGUGAUGACUCGAUCAACGAGAUUAGUAGUACUUCAACCAACUCGGACAAGUUGUUUGACGUAGAAAAUCUUGAAAGUAAACAGUCUGAUGAUACUUCAAGUGAAGAUGAACAAAAAUGUGAUGCAAAAUCCCAAAUAAUGAAACAAAUGGUACAGAAAAGUAUUUCAGAAGCUUCUUCAAGUGCUACAUCUCUCGUAUGGUAACCCAACACGUUUUGUAAAACUCGACGAGUUUCAAGGAAUGUAAUUCUUGAAAGUUCCAUGAAAAUUAAAGUGCUCAGUUACUGCAGCUUUUUGUAAUAUUACUUGUAUAUGUUCAGUUACUGGAGCUUUUUGUAAUAUUACUUGUAUAUGGUCAGUUACUGCAGCUUUUUGUAAUAUUACUUGUAUAUAUGUUCAGUUACUGUAGCUUUUUGUAGUAUUACUUGUAUAUGUUCAGUUACUGCAGCUUUUUAUAAUAUUACUUGUAUAUGUUCAGUUACUGCAGCUUUUUGUAAUAUUACUUUUAUAUUAUGAUUUAUGUAAAACUCACUGAGUUUCAACGAAGUGUAAUCCUUGAUGAAAGUUCCAUGAAAAUUAGUGUUCAGUUCAUGUAACCUUUUGUAAUAUUACUUUUAUAUGUUCAGUUACUGCAGCUUUUUGUAAUAUAUUUGUAUAUUAUGAUUUUAUAAAUAUCCCAAAACUAUUCAGUGUACUGUAAUAAUGAAACUUGUCAUUGUGAGAUACCAUGAAUCAAAUGUUUCUAUAAUGUUUUGUUACUACAAGUUUUAAGUGUAACUUUACUUGAAAAGCUAUGUGCUUGUUAUUUUGUAGUUGUUCAAUUCAUGUGCUAGAUUCUCUUUUUUGUGUAACUCAUUUAAUCUUUAGCUAUAGAUAAUGGAAGAUGGUGUUUUUUUUAUAAUACAAAUGUACUUGUAUGGUUUAAGAGGAGAGCAAUUUUUGAAAAAUAUAAGAACCAAAUAAAAGUGAAAAAAUUAGCAUGAAAUCUGUGUUUUUGGGGGGGGGGGGGGUUAACCUUAGAAAUUACUUAUGUAUAAUAUAACAAGAAUUAGCAAAUUAGAUCCAGUUAAUUUCCUUAGUAAAAGUUUAUUAUAAAAUUAUGUUUUACUGUGGUUUCUGUUACUUUUGUGGAAAUCU